CUCGAGUUUGACACCUGUGAUUUAGUUCUUGUAUCUCUGGGAGCAAAUUUCUCUGUUCUUGCUGUGUUCAGGCCUUCAGACGGCUCAUUGUGACGAACAGGAAUAAGUACGAUGUCCACUCGCCAGACACCUGAGGAAACGUGGAGGAAGGUUACGCAAGAAGAAACAAACUUCCAGCGAGCUUUGGGAGGCGAACCAAUGGGAGAUGUGUGAGUUUACAUCCUGAGUUGGUGAUUGGCCGAAAGCUUCCCAACAGAAGGUGGACUCCUCGGUCACCUGAGCAUCACAGCAGGUACAACAAAGGAGUGACCUGCUUCUGCAAGUAGGGAUGCUAUUUGACUGAAGGUCUAACAAUCGUCACCUACAAACACCAGCAUGGAGAGCACCUAUUCUUCCCUAAGCUUUUACAAACUUCUAAAAGAGUUCUGUCAGAGUUUAUCUACCGUCUCUGAUGCUCAUUCAUGCACCCAACAAACGCCAACCUCUCAGCGUGAAGAGGAGGGUUCAGAUGAACCAGCAACGCAAAAUCAGGCAGAUAAAUUCAGCCUCGCGGACUUCAGAGAAACCCUAAAUGCCUUGGAUGAAUCGUUGGGGGACUACUGGCUAAAAUCCUGCUCCGAGUGCCAGGCCUUUAUGAGAAUGGGCAACCAGCAAGCAACAAAGCUGAAGCCAAAUUACUACACAGAGAGCUGGGAUGCCUUACAAACAUCACCUGGAGUCCAAAUGCCCCAUAAAAGAAGGCGGAGAGUAGAAGAGGCGUCGGCGUACAACUUCAGAGCAACACCAGGUCAAGCAAGAUGGAGAAAGUGCCAAAUAGUUGAUCAGGAAGCAACAGAAAGAAGACGAAGAGCAACAGGAGGAGAAAUGAAGCAGAUAAAGACUUCUUCCUCUGAGCAGCUGAAGCCGGUUUGGAGAGUGAAGCUGCCAGCUGCUUCUCCUGGACGUUCCCAGAGGUGGGAGGUUUUCUCUGCAAACCAGGCCGACUCUGACACCGAGCUUUCCGAAUAUGAUAACGAGAUGUUAAGUCAUAGCAGUGAAACUGCAGACCAGAAACACGAGAAAGAGAAAACUGAAGUUCUCGUCGCGGCAGAGAGAGUGAUGGGAAAGAUCAGGGAGGUGGAGGGGAUUCUGCGCCGCGUCAGUCUGACCAGCUCAGACUGGAUCAGAGAAACAAACGAGGAGGAAGAUGGCAGCAAUUUGGCAUCUUCAGACACUUUGCAACAGGUUGCAAGCUGGCUGGAAGAUCAGAACAGAGUAUCUAAAAUUUUAGGAAAACCAGAAGAUCCGACUGAGAUGAAUCCAACGUCAUAUGCUCAUCGCUUCACCUUUCCUUUCCAGUCGCACAGUCUACCAGGUAGAGAGGCCGUCUCGCCAAUCCCCUCUGCAUCCAGCAGCUCAGGAAGUCUGUCCCCCCUCCUGUCUUCUCCUCUCUCAUCAAGCCUGACCGAUGUGACCGACUGGCAAGACUCUGAGAAGAAGAAAGCUAGGAUCAAUUCAGAAAAAGGUUCGCUGGAUGCUUGGGGUAGCGGCUGCAAAAGGGUCGUCACAAACCCAAGAGGAGCAAAAAAGGAUGAGAAGCUGCUGUGGUCAACUCUGCAGCUGAAGGAAGAUUAUCUGUUAUCUUCUGACGAAGCCCUGCAGAGGCAGGAGGAGAUCUGGCAGCAGGAAGUGGAGGAGUCUCUGUCACGCUGCAGGUCUCUCUUUCAUCCAUCACGACCAAAACACGUCGACUUCCUGCGCAUCACUGCUCCUGAUGAGGAACUCUCCCACCUGACGUCAGAGACGCCCACAGCAGGAGAAGGAGAGGAAAAAACUCCCGGUCGUCUGCAAGCCGUGUGGCCACCUCUCAAGGAGGAAAAGGUUGGCCUGAAGUAUACGGAAGCAGAGCACCAGGCCGCUCUGCUGCAGCUGAAGAGAGAAUGCAAACAGGAGCAGGAGAAGCUACAGGAGGAUUAUGAGCAUCAGCUCUGCAAACUGAGGGACGAAAACAGAGACAAUGUUGCUCGCCUGGAGUUGAUGCUUGAAGAGCUACAAGCUAAAGUCUCACAGGUUUGGCGCAAACAUCCAGAUGGGCUCAAAGAUGCUGCCGUUUCAACAACCGACAGCUUGUUAGGCAAAUCCUUCCGCAAUGUUAGCAUCCAGACCGACCGAGAAAACCUCAUCACAAGUCCUGAAGAUGGUGAUGAUGCCACGACAACCUGCGCGAAACUUCGGCCAUCGAUGGGAGCCUCCAAAGAUCCGGACAUGGUUUCCACAGGAGACGUUUUGUCUUCUUCUGUGGUUUCAACAUUUCCUCAGAGUCAUCCUCCUAGUUCUCAGAAACAACACAGUUUGUCUCCUCCUCCUCCUCCACCACCUCCACCACCACCUCCACCACCAAGUGUCGCUCACCUGCCACCUCCUCCACCAGCAGGGGGCGUCAUUGCCGAAAAACCUCCAAGAAAGCGGGCAGUGGAACCUUCCCGAGCCAUGAAGCCCCUUUACUGGACCAGAAUCCAGAUCCAAGACGACAAUAACCACUCGCUGUGGAACACAUUAGAGGAACCACACAUAAACACCAAUGAGUUUGAGGAUCUCUUUGCUAAAACGACGACGAUGGAGAAAAGAAAGCCGCUGUCUCAGGCCUACGAGAAGAAAGCAAAAGCCAAAAAGAUCGUUAAGCUGCUGGACAGCAAACGCUCCCAGGCUGUGGGCAUCCUCAUAUCCAGCCUCCAUUUGGAGAUGAAAGAUAUUCAGAGAGCUGUUCUGACUGUUGAUCAUUCUGUGGUGGACCUGGAUGCCAUCGAAGCACUUUAUGAAAAUAGAGGUCAACCGGAUGAGUUGGAGAAGAUCAGGAAACACUGCGAAUCGUCUGAGGAAGAUGAUGUUAAACUGCUGGACAAACCUGAGCAGUUCCUGUAUGAACUGUCUCAGAUUCCAGACUUUCCUGGGAGAGCUUGCUGCAUGAUCUUCCAGUCGACCUUCACCGAUGGGAUUUCCUCAGUUAAACGCAAACUGAGCUCCAUCUCAUGUGUCUGCAAGGUUCUGCUGGAGAGCAGCAGUGUCAGGGAAGUGAUUGGACUGGUGCUGGCGCUGGGAAACCACAUGAACGGAGGCAGCAGAAUCAGAGGCCAGGCCGACGGAUUUGGUCUGGAAAUCCUCCCGAAACUGAAAGACGUCAAAAGCAGGGACAACCGGAUCAGCCUGGUGGACUAUGUAGUAUCGUACUACCUGCACAACAUGGACAAGAAUGCUGGAACAGAAAAGUCCAUGUUUCCUCUCCCUGAACCUCAGGACGUCUUCAUGGCGGCUCAGGUCAAAUUUGAUGACCUUAACCGAGAUCUGAGGCAGCUUGAACAAGACCUGACAAGAUGCGAGAAAAAUAUUCAUAAAGUCUGUUCAGAAUCUUCUGAAGAACACCUCCAUCCGUUUAAGGACAAGAUGGAAGUUUUUGUUUUAACUGCUCGAAAGGAGCAUGCAGAAGCUUCAUAUCAGCUGAUGACUAUGCAAAAAACUUUCCAGGAAGUUGCUCUGUACUUCGGACUAAAACCCAAACCCGGAGAGAAGGAGGUGACACCGGGUCACCUCUUCAUGCUGUGGUUUGAGUUCAGCGCCGACUUCAAGGCCCGAUGGAAGAGGGAGAACAAAAACAUCUCAAAAGAAAGAUUAAAAGAGGCUCAGCUGACAGUGAAGAGGAUCACUGGGGAGAAGAAAGUCGAAACAAGGAAGAUUAACCCCAACAGUCUGAAGGAACGACUGCGCCAGAAAGAAGCUCAAGUUUCUUCUCCUUAAAAAUUUUAACUUUUGGCUCCUGAUAUUUAAAUAUCCCCAGAUAUCUGGAGAGAACCAGAAGAGGACCAGGACAGAAAAUCUACAUUUUCAUCAGCCGACCAAAAUAUUUGUUCUUUAAUGUAAUUUAAGUUUUAACAAUGUAGAUAGUUCAUA